AACCUGUAGCAGUAACCUUGCAAAGAUAACCGCUUCAGUCAGGAGUUGUCUUGCAAUAGUAAAACAAUAACCAUAGGAAAACGGCAAUGUCUGCGUAAUGUGCAGUGAAAUUAGAGAAACCGUAUAGCUUUAAUUGAAUUACAAGGUCGAAUAAUUAAUUUUAAUUUAUCCGUAGACAGGCGACUAAAAACCGAAAGUAAAAAAAAAAAAACAUCACCACCACCCAGCUAUUUAUUCUCUGGCUGGUGCAGCGUAUCUCAAUUUUACAGUUUUCCGAAGAGAGGUCAUGGAGUAUUUUAAGGUCGGGUUUUUAAUGUGUUUGCUGCUCUUUAAACUGACAGUAUCCCUGCAGAAAGAGACUGUAAUUCAGUUUGUAUAUACGGAAGUGGUGGGAAGAGCAGAGACUGCCGUGGCAACGGUGGCUUUAAAUGGAGUCCCCGUCCUGUGGAGUGAUGUUCAAGACCGGAACAUUCUUCAUGAGUUCUUCAUCAAGACCAAACACGAUCCUUUCUUAAUAAAUUCGCUUAAGAUAAUGGUGGAUAGUUCGAACCACACCACAGCGAGUAACCAUACGUACCGGCGCUUACGUGAGUGCCGGCUGGAUGAGUACAGAGUUUUGAGCGUGUCAGACCAGGUGCAGUAUGACGGCACCAGGUUCCUGAGUCUGGACAAAACCACGGACACCUGGAUGGCCACCGUCCCGCAGGCACGAGUGCUCCAGGAGCUGUGGGACAGUGACAAGGCUCGCACGCAGCAUGAGAGGAUGCGUUUGGAGAGAGCUUGCAUACAGCUACUGAAGGACAUCACGCACUCCAAAGAUACUGUGACGGAGCCAGAGAGACGGGAAGCAUUUUCCUUUUGGCUGCCAGUCCUGGCAGCACUGUUAUUGGUGGGGCUGGUACUUGUCAGCGUCUUGGUCUUUAAAAAACAAGGUUCCAAAGGUUCAGGAUAUGCUGGAGCUGCUGUGGGUUCUAUCAUCCACUACCCUCCAAACCUCAGUGAGGUUGUCCAAGAGACCCAUGGGUACCACCCCCUCUGAAAUGGCCUCCAAACCCAAUCAUUCACUUCUUCCUGUGGAAUAGUUGCUACGUAACCAUUCCAUGUUCACCGUUGUCCACCAUUCCAAUACUCCC